AUGGCCACCUUCACAGCAGCCUUGGCAAACUUUGCAAACUUGUCCUCAUCAACUAUGGAUCUCUUACCUUUUACGAAUACACCCUCCGAUUACAUGGCCUUCCUGACGCCACCGCCUAACAACGUCAAGCCACCACUAGCUUCUAUCUUCGGCAUGACGGACUCGCAGGCUGCCUCAAUUAUGCCGAUCAUCCUGCAUUGGCUGGUGUGCCUAUUCUACGAAACUGUUCCCUACUUUGACCUGUGCCACAAAGCACGCAUAUGGCAACCCACGGACGAGAAGCGCAAUCUCGUUAGCCGCGAAGCUGUACUGUCGUCUUCGUAUGCACUCCUUCCGGAAGUGUCUAACGAGCGCAUCUGGGGUGCCUUAGGCAGCCCGGAAUACUUCGGCCUCACUCUCCGCCGCUUCUUCGGAGAAAUGAUGAACCCGUACCUUGUAUACAUUCACUCUCAUGGACUGGAAUGGACUUAUCUGGCGUGCCGACAAUUCCUAUGUUUCCUUGUGUUCGACACCUGGGCUUACUGGGUCCAUUGGGCCUUGCAUGUCUUACCCCUAUCUAUAUCCAAGGGAAUAUCCACUCCGUACACCAUCAGUGCUAUGUGCCAUACUCGUAUGCAGAUCCCUCGAAACCCUUUGAGAAUCUUUGGAUUGAUAUUCAAGAACGACAUGGUCUACCAUACUAUACAUCACCAGACAUGGGGACUCAAGAAAAUUCUUGGAUUGUACUUCACGUUCUGGGAUUACUUGAAUGGCACACUGUAUACUGGUGGGAGAAAGCUUGGCGAGCCGCGCGUCAAACAGGACGAGGCGAAGGAGAAGCAAAGUACCGACACGAAGAAGGAGAUUUGA